AUCGUAAAUACUGCUUUAAAUUUCUCACAGUUCAGUAGUAAAGUAACACAAAAUUCUCUCGUUUUUUUUCUUAAUCUUUUCAUCUUUUCACUAAUGUGGCUAUCAUCAUGGUUAGGUUUAUCACGGGGUAACCGAACCACUACACGAGCCUCAUCUCGCGGAACCCGAACCCACCGUUCAGAUAUCCGAACCAUCCUCCAACCCGAACCCGAUUCACCUAAUUCCCCCACUCUCUGCCGCCGCUUCAGCACCUCUCACUCUCUCCUCCGAUCCGUCAGCACCACCGCCCGCGCCAUCCCUUCCUCCGUCACCGUCCCGUCCAACCUCGACCACGGCGGCAUCGUCGUCUACUACACCAGCCUCCGCGUCAUCCGCCGCACAUUCAACGACUGCCGAACCGUCCGAUCCAUCCUCAAACGAUUCUCCGCCGCAAUCGACGAGCGCGAUGUGUGCGUCGACGAGCGGUUCCGCGAUGAGCUUUUCGAGAUCCUAGGUCGCCGGAAUGUACAAUUACCUUGCGUGUUUAUCGGAGGCGAAUACAUCGGCGGCGUGGAGGAUUUCAAAAAGCUUUACGAUAGCGGCGAAUUGCAGGUGAUGAUUGAACGGUUACCGAAGACGAAUCCGAACGCGUGUGAAUUUUGCGGCGGAAUGAGGUUUGUGGUUUGCGAUGAGUGCGAUGGAAGUCAUAGAGUGUUCGCGGAGAAGAGUGGGUUCAAGACGUGUUUAUCAUGCAAUACCAACGGUUUGAUCAGGUGCCCUGCAUGUUUCUUUGUACUGCCGCGUCACACCAAAUAGUAAUUUCCGUGUACUUUUUUAUUUUACAGGAUUUGAGUCAUUUGACUGUUAAGUUUUACUAGUAGUUAAAAAAUAGAGUGGUUUGGUAAAUGAUUAUCUCAUUUGACCAAGUGUGAGAAUAAUGUUAGUUUAUUGUGAAUAGUUUAAACUUUAUAGAGAAUAAGUAUAUUUUUGUUGUUGACUGAAAAGUGCUUUUAUGCCAUUUCACUUAAAGAUAUUGUCUGAAAUACUAGCAGUGGAUCAAAUAGCUUUUGCAAGAAUUAAGGAAGUGCGUAUUUCUUACCUCAUAUUAGACACUAAGAAUUGAUUGUAAUCUUAAGUUUGCUCUUCAGGUGACUAAAUUUCAGGUAAAUCUAAACACUUAACUCUCGGAGUAACUUAAUAUCAAUU